UGAGCGCAGGCACGUCAAUAUACACACAGAGAGCAGAGCAGCGCUUUGGGUUUAGUAGAAGGUGCUCCACAGCGAGAGAAAUCCUCCUCCACACUGAGCAGAGGUCUGAGGCGCAGUUUGUGUGGCGGCAGGGACCCGAUCUUUUAAAACCAUGCUGGAUUGACUGCAGAGAGGCAACUACAAUCAAUGGCUUGGCUUUGAAAUCGUUCAACAUUUAUUGGAAAGGAGUGUGAGAUUAGAGCGACAGUGAGAGAGAGGGAGAGAAGCGAGGGAGAGUGAGUGGCGAGAGGGGUGGAAAUAAAGAUCCUUUUUCAACGAUGGAGCUUACAAUGGAAAACAUUGGAAAUCUGCACGGUGUGUCUCACUCCCAUCAGACGAGCGACUUAAUGAACUCUCAACACGCGCGCCAGUCGUCGCAUCGGAACUUGGUGUCGCACGGACGGUCAGCCAUGGUGUCCAGUAUGGCCUCGAUACUGGAGGGCGCGGGGGACUACCGCACAGACCACGCUUUGUCUGGCCUGCACCCGGCCAUGACCAUGUCGUGCGACUCCGGGAUGAGCCUGAGCAGCACCUACACCACGCUGACGCCGCUGCAGCACCUGCCGCCCAUCUCCACGGUCUCCGAUAAAUUUCACCAUCAACACCCACAUGCUCACCAUCAUCCGGCACACCAGCGACUCUCCGCCGGGAACGUCAGCGGCAGCUUUACCCUGAUGAGGGACGACCGCAGCCUCGCCUCCAUGGGCAACAUCUACGGCCACUACCCUAAAGACAUGUCCGGCAUGGGGCAGUCUCUGUCCCCACUGUCCAACGGGCUCGGGUCCUUGCACAGCUCCCAGCAGACUCUCAGCGCCUACGGUCCCGGAGCUCACCUGUCCAACGACAAGAUGAUCUUCGGGGGGUUUGAGUCCCACAUGCUGUCGCGGGGCGAGGAGCACCUUGCCCGGGGUCUCGGGGGCCAUGGGGCCGGACUCAUGACAUCCUUGAACGGCAUGCACCAUCAUAGCCAUCCGCACUCUCAGGCAAACGGGUCCAUGCUGUCAGACCGGGACAGGCAGACGGUGGGGGGAGGAGGGCAGGGAGGUGGGUCAGGGCAGGUGGAGGAGAUAAACACCAAGGAGGUAGCACAGCGAAUAACGGCAGAGCUCAAGCGCUACAGCAUCCCCCAGGCCAUCUUUGCUCAGAGGAUCUUGUGCCGGUCCCAGGGAACUCUGUCUGACCUGCUGCGGAAUCCUAAACCGUGGAGUAAACUCAAGUCUGGCCGGGAGACGUUCAGGAGGAUGUGGAAGUGGCUCCAGGAGCCCGAGUUUCAGAGGAUGUCGGCGCUCAGGCUUGCAGCCUGCAAGCGCAAAGAACAGGAGCAACACAAGGACCGCAACACGGCGCCCAAGAAGCAGCGCCUCGUCUUCACUGACCUGCAGCGCCGCACACUCAUCGCCAUAUUCAAGGAGAACAAGCGUCCAUCCAAAGAGAUGCAGAUCACCAUCUCCCAGCAGCUCGGCCUGGAGCUCAGCACCGUCAGCAACUUCUUUAUGAACGCACGGCGCCGCUGCGUGGACCGCUGGCACGACGACCAUGGUGCCAGCCCCGGGCAGCCGGGCACCUCCGCCACCACCUUCUCCAAGGCCUGAGAGGAGGGGAGGACCUUCAGAGGGCCGGGGAACCAGGUUGGAGCAGCAUGCAACAUGGAAGACUGGCUGUGAAACCUGUGUAUGACAACCCUUCCUGGCCAGGACCGUCUGAAUGUGUCCUCACACCAAAAGAAAUCCUUUGUGCCAUGCAAUCAUCUUUUUUGUCAGUCAGAAUUUCAAGCUCUCACCUGAAACAAGAAUAAUCUAAAAAAAGGUGAAUUGUGAAGUCAGGUCCACUCUGCGUAACUCAGAUAAAGGACAAUCAUUGAUUCUGUCUUUUUUGAAAGAAAAUAAUUUUUAUGGCAUCUGACAAAGUAAAGAGACACCAAAGAUUUGAUGUAUUUAUUGGACAUUAUCAGACACUUUGCCGGCCUCCAUCACCACACAAGUAGCCACUGAUUCUGCUUUUUCUCCCAACUCACCUCCUUUCAGUUUGCCUCUCUCUCAUCUCCUCUAUGCCGGCACACGGAAGCAACGAGGGCAAAAGAACGGCAAUAAAUCUGACAACAGAACAGCACAUAGCCUUAUUAUCCAAGCCCCAUCCCGCACACACAAGGCCGUCAUAAAGAAAACAACGCAGCCUAUGAAAAAAACAACAAGGCUUUCCAAUUCUCCACCUCUACCUCCCCCUUCCUCCUGUUGUCUCCUUCAUUCCUCAGCCAAAGGUAUUCCCUUAUGGCCAGCCAUUUCAGAGAGCAGCUCAGCCUGAUCAUACGGCAAACUAAUGAAUUGAAAAAUGAAUCGAUGUAGACAGAGAGAGCGGGGCCUUGACCCCUCCUGAAGGUGAAACUCAAGAUGCUCAGCGGUAGAGAUACUCAGGUCUUCCAGGCCCAGGUCUAUAUUUUUUGCACAGAUGUUGGAAGACCUGUAGGGAGACAUGUGUUACGCCUGAGCAUAGAGUCUGUGUUUCUCUGACCAACAGGAGAGGCGGGUGAGAUGUCUGGACAUGUUCUUUGUUCUGUUGGGAGCUUUUUUCUCUGAUCAAUAACUGAGAACCGAGCGACAACAACACGCUCGGGCAUCCAGCCAACUACAUUACAGCUGCAUAUGAAAAGCAGGAUGUAAGAGGAGCACAUGGAACCCACUGGAGAUGGGGACACAAAGGCCUCAUAACAGCAGCAGCAGCACAUCUCCCUCCCAGAUCAACCCGGUUUCUGCAGAGCAACAGUGCCCCCUGCUGCCGAUAGCAGACACCUGCAUCCAGCAGAGCGAUGGGGCUCCGAGCGGAGGAGAGGGAGGGAAGAAGCCACUAGAUGCUGAGGGGAAGUCAUGGCACAACACAUUCAGGCCCUCGCAGCUCUUUGAAGGCAGAUCAAUAGCUAACCAUUAUCCUAUUGUUGUUCCUCAUCCAACCAGCACUGGUGAAGCCGGAGGAGGGGGAUGGUUCAACUGAAUGCUGGAAACGCAGGGAUUUAGCAAAGGCAGGGAUUUAUUUAGCCAAUCCAAAUCAAGAUCCAAAAAAAUCGGAGAAAUCACAACAGAGUAAAAAGUAACAGAAAGGCUGACUGAGAGCGACACAUUUGAAGUGUAGCGGAGGUUUAAUUUACAUUCUUUUUUGGGAGGCUUCAUUUGUCAAAUCAUUCUUCCAUCCCAUCUGUUUGCAAAGAAAAGGUCACAAAAGAUGUGACUCAAACCAAAUCUCCUGGUUAUUCCCACACAAGGGUUAUCAGUAGCUAACCCAAAGCUAACCACCACACUCAGCUGUCAAAAUGCUACAAUAAUUAGUGCCAAUGCUUACUGCCUUAAUGCGAAUCAGAGAAUAUGGUACUAGGGUUCACACACAGCUACAGUGCGCCCCACUGAUGACGGGCGGUGUGGGCCAUAGCAACCAACAAUCAGCUUUUAUCUGAAUUAAAAUAUACUUUUUUAGUAAAAAAAAGAAAAAAAAAGAAUCAGAUGUUAAGGCAUACAAUAACCAAACCUCAAAUGACAAAGAUACCAUACAUACAGUAUGUGUUACAAAUACAAAUGUCUCCAAAGCAUAACUGGACACAUUUUGAAGCAGAAGAAAAAAAUCUCUCAUUCUAUCUUUGGUUCUCUACCUCCUCUGUCCCUCUAACCCCAUUGCCCCCCCCCUCUUUCUCUCUUCCUCUCUAUAUUGAUGCGGGUAUUUAAUUAGUUCCAUAGACACACAGUUUCUAUUUCUUGUUACUAUUGUGCUCUGUUGUGCAUAAGUAAGGCACCUUGUUGCUAAAUCAAAAACAAAAAAGGAAGGACUUUUUAAAAGGAUAAAAAAAGGAGGGAUGCAAGGACAGAGGCCGAUGAAGGACGUCUUUUUUCUUUUUUUUGCAUUCUAUGUGAAUAUAGACUCGAAGGAGACAUUUACCGUGAGAAAGAGGAGAAAAAGAAAAACAGGGAGCUGCUGAAGAGACGAAUAAACGACGGACGCUCUCUCUCUUUUGGCAUUUCGUGUCAGAACUGUGUUACUCUCAGCCCCCUUUAAGCUGAGCCCAAGGAACGGGGCAAACUGGAGGGGGACAAAUCAUGACCUCCAAAUGUCUCGGCUGUUUUAUCCGAGGGCGGGGGCAAUGCUCGGGACUCAAUUGUUAUCUGUAUGGUCUUAAGAUGCAACUGUAGCAUUUCCAACAAUGUAGUCCGAUUUGCGGUGCAGAUUAGAUAAAAAGAUGGUCAUUGUAGAGGAGCUGAGUGAGAGACUGACAAACUUCACGUUGCUGUAAGCAGUGAGUUGACGUCGCCAAAGGAUGAUGAGCUGAAAUUGAUUUGUGGUAUACAGUUCAGUGAGCAUAGGUGAAUAGCUAGAUUCAGCUCUAGGUAUUAGGCUGAGAAAAUGACAUGUGUUUGUAGUGAGAACCAAUGUGGCUACCUCACUAAGCUGAGUGGUUUGUGAAACCGCCACUAAUACCAAAGAUACUGCAGCCUACCGGUCCCAAACUGCCUAGGGGGAAACCAAACCAAAAAAAAAGAAAAGCCCCCCCUCUUUGCCCAAAAAUAUUACAGACUGAUAUCUCACACACACACACACACACACACACACACACACACAUUCAUACAUACAGUGCAGUCGGACUGCAUGGUGCCACGUGGAGGAGGUGGCCGCCAUGCAGACAGAGUUGAGUGCCUUUUCCCUUCAACCACGGGUGGGACUGCACUGGACACACACACACACACACAGCCAUGUGGGUCCAUGCAUAUAGCUGCACACCCUUUUACAAACAUGCACUCACAUUCAGACAACGCACCCAUAAUUGGAUGGACAGAAAAGGGGGGCCAGAGAGGGGGACACAGAGUGGGGGCUGUGUCAGCAUUUUCUCCCAUAUUGACUUUCCAUCUUGAUACACUAGAAUACAAGCACUUUAUCAUGUAGAAAGUCUAUAAAACAUUUUCUAUACACUAUUUAUUUGAAACAAAAGUAUAUGUUGCUCCUUAAUCUGUCAGUCUUUCUUAGUGUUUCUUCUAGUAGCUCACCGCCUUCAUGUUUUGUUUUAUUCCCGCCCGGCGUGAUUAGAUUCUCGGCCACUUUACCUUUCUCGCAUCAGAGAUAUUUUUGUGAAACAGAGAAAGAGGAAGGUAAAAAGGCCGAGGCUCUGAGCACUCGCAGGGCUGUCGUUUUUAAAUCUUACCACUUAAUGUCUCUCUCCACUGCGUGCAAGCACAGAGGCUGCACUAUAAAAGUGUGGAAGACUCACUGACAGUGUAAAGACACAAAUUCUCUCUCCUCCCUCCACACUGUCUGUCCAGUCGACCUCUCCCCCUGGCUAGUACUAAGACCCGGUAGGCAUGUGUUGACAAUUAAUUCUGAAAUACCUCAAAAACCUUUCAUGUAAACUUUAUGUAAUUUAGAUUGAAAAUAAUACUGCUAAUGAUAACAAUGAUUAUGAAACUAUGAUACUAUGAUAGUUAGUUUUGGAACUUGUGACUUGAAGCUUUAUACUGUUAAAUUCCUUUUUAUUUGUUUGCUCAUUUUUCUCGUACGUUUCUCUCGUUUGUUUUUGCUACGGCAUGUACUUACUGUUUUUCAUAAAGGAAAAAGACAUUGUGAAUGUUUCUGUGAAGGGUUACAUGAGAAAAGAAGAGACAGAAGAGAAAGCUAGAAUAGAGAGGGAGGAGCAAGAGCGCAACUCACUUUAGAUGUUUAGUUCAAAGCUCUGUCCAAGGCGGGUAUGUUUAAAGGAAAAUAACAAAACCAAGAAAAAAAAAAAAGGACAAAAAUAUGAUUUGGGCUGAAGUCUUUACCAAAAAUGUGAUGUUAAACCAAAGGAGGAAUAACCUUUUACUCAUUGUUAGCUUUCUUCUGCCUUUAAUUUGUCUUUUCUCUGAAAAAAAACUAUUUCACAGUUACUUUUGAAGGUUCCUGGGUGUGUUCAAGUGCUCCUGAUGUUCUUAGAAUAUUAAAAACCAGCACCUCCUAUUGAAAAGAAGGUGCGCUUUUUUCUUUU